CUAAAUCUUAAUUCAGACCAUGAGACCAAGAAAAGGUCCCCGCUAUCCGCUUAUCCCUCCGCACGGCCGCGGGCCGCACAUCGCAAAUCGGCGAGCCCGUGAUUCCGAGUCGCAAGGUUGCAGACGAUGCAGAGAGCUAGAGAUGCUCAGUCUCUGAGACGCUCAGUCAAGCGCCGCCCCGCCGCCCGACUGCCUCCGCUGCCUGCUUCUCUGCCCUCUAAUAUGCUUGUGGAGACUGGAGUUAUGGACCUUCUGCUUCUGAUGACUCCCAAUCGCCUUAGGUAUGGCUACCCAAAUCUACUUCCUAGAUCUUCUAAAAAGGCAAAAACAACUCCAAAUAUUUCUCCUGUUGCAAGAAGAAUUUGUUUCUGAUGUGCUUGAAAUUGAGCUGGAUUCAGGAAAACGGAAAAAUGCUAGUCAUUGGCCAUUUGAGGUGUGUGUGAACAACAAGAACAAAUCAUGCACAACAGUCAUAUGGAACAAAGGAAGAUCCACAAAUGCAGACUACACUAGAACACAAUUGGAAUAGAUACGGUAUAUGACACACACAAUGAAAGCUGUUACAAACUUGAAGAAACAUUAUUUUCCAUCUAGAACCUCCUCCACUGUUAGCACACAACAACCUCUAAAUCCCAUUUUUUCUCACUGCAAUCCUCAAAAUGUUGGUGAAACUCAUUUCAUAUCUCUAAUCCAUUCAUCUGAAUCCACCCUUAAGCUCAAAUCCAUCCAUGCCCAAGUCCUCCGCCGCAUCUGCCACAGUGCUGAUUCAAGAAUUACUACCCAGCUUAUCUCCGCCUCUUGUCAGCAUGGCUCCGUCAAUUAUGCCCUCUCAGUUUUCCAAUCUUGUGAUCAGAACUUGUUCCUUUUUAAUGCAAUGAUCAGGGGACUUUGCAAUAAUUCGUGUUUCGAGAGCUGCAUCAGGCAUUUUAAGCUCAUGUUAACACUUGGUGUGCAACCUGACCGGCUAACGCUUCCAUUUGUGCUGAAGUCGGUUAUGGGUUUGGGUAAAAGAGAGUGGGGGGCUGUAGUUCAUUGUGGAACAUUCAAAAUGGGUCUUGAUUCUGACUUGUUUGUGAGGGUUUCUAUGGUUGACAUGUAUGCCAAAAUUGGGUUGUUGGAUCCUGCCUUGCAGCUGUUCGACGAAAGUCUUGAGAGGAAUAAGGUUGAGAGUGUGCUCUUAUGGAAUGUGGCAAUUAAUGGGUGUUGCAAGGGUGGGAAGGUAAGAAGGGCAGUUGAAUUGUUCGAAUCAAUGCCAGAGAGGAACAUUGGUUCUUGGAAUAGCUUGAUAGAUGGCUUGAUGAGAAACAGGGAACCCGACAAGGCACUCGAGCUUUUUGAUGGGAUGGAUGAGAAGAACGUGGUUUCAUGGACUACUGUGAUUUAUGGGUUGAUGCACAAUGGGCUUCAUGAGAAGGCUCUUCAGUUGUUCUUUAGGAUGCUGGAUAAAGGUGUCAAGCCAAAUAAUUUGACUGUCGUUUCUGCUCUCUCUGCGUGUGCGAAAAUGGGGGCACUUGAAGCAGGGAUAAAAAUUCAUAAUGACAUGUUGAAUGGUGGGUUCAAGUUGAAUACUGCUGCAGGAAAUGCUUUGUUGGAUAUGUAUGCAAAAUCUGGGGAUGUCGAGUCUGCUAGUCGGGUGUUUAAAGGAAUGAAAGUGAAAGAUAUAUGCACUUGGGGUUCUAUGAUAUGGGGUUUAGCAAUCCAUGGAUGUGCUGAUAAGGCCAUUGAGUGCUUUGAAACAAUGAACUUGUCAGGAAUCAUACCUGAUGAGGCUGCCUUACUAGCAGUUCUAACUGCUUGCUCACAUGCCGGAAGGGUUGAUCAGGGUCUUAAGAUUUUUAAUAGCAUGAGAGCUAACAAGUACUCAGUGAUGCCCAGCAUGAAACAUUACGCCGUGAUAGUUGAUCUAUUUGGCAGGGCUGGGCAGCUGGAUGAGGCUUUGAGAUUUAUUGAGAGCAUGCCAAUGGAUCCUGACCACAUUGUAUGGGGGGCACUUUUUUGUGCUUGCAGGUCUCAUAAGAACAUUGAAAUGGCACAAUUUGCCACAGAUAAACUCCUAAAGCUUGCGCCAAAGCAUCCCGGGAGCUAUGUCUUUCUUUCAAAUGUUUAUGCCGGUGCUGGGAGAUGGAGUGAUGUCGAUAGAAUAAGAACUGUGAUGAAGAGUAAAGAUGUAGGGAAAGAUCCUGGAUGGAGUUCAAUUGAGUUGGAUGGUAAAGUGCACACCUUUAAAGCUGGGGACCAUGCUCACAGCCUACUAGCACAGGAGGAAAUAUAUUCAAAGUUGGAGGGAAUAAUGACCAACUUCUGUUACGAUUGAUGGUUCCUAAUGCACAGCUUUGGUAUGUCAUCAGGGAGUACAUAACCAAUGCAGAGAACGCACAUUCAAGGGUUGCUGAGAAUAUACCUCCUGUUCAAGAAAAUGUCACAGAUCAGAUUAAGCUGUGGGAAUCAGUUCAGAAUCUGAACAGGAUCGAAAGGAUGCCAGGCCAUUUUACUAGGAGUUAUCCUCGAGACUGAACUCCGCACAUCAAAGCAUCCAUAUUCUUUACUAAAGCCAGAUGCUUUUGAGUCUGCUAGUUGUUUUGCUAGAAAAUAUGAGGACUGUUCUGGGAGGACUCAAAGCAAAUGUCUGUUGUUGUGAAGGAAGAAGUUCAUGCUGUCAUGAAAGAUUUUGUUCGUCGAAAGCAAUAGGAGCAGAAGUUGGAGCGUUUGGGUGAAAGCAGUGCCGGUCCUACCUAAAUUCGGGCCUGAGUCAAGCUUCAUAAAAUGGGCCAUGUGUCUAGUAUUUUUAUUCAUUAAAUUUUAAUGAUUAAAUAUCACAAAAUCGCAAUUCUUAAAUAAAAGUCUUACACCGUAACAAUGUGAUGUUACACUUUAUAAAAGUCUUACACUUUAACAAUGUAAUGUUACGUUUUGUGAGGAUGUACUUUCCGAAGUGGCUGUUUUAUUCGAAAUCAA